GUGGUGCGCUUCAUAGUUCUCUAAACGUAGGAACCUCGUGGACGAACGUCAUUCACAAUCAGUGGGAAAUACGCAUUUCAGAAGCACGUCUCGCGAUGGAAAAUAGUCGAAAGCUAGCAACGCGGUUUUUCGCAAAGGGUGACCCAGUUCGCGGGUAGAAGGAAUCGGACAUUCUCUUCGGCGCGAUGAAUUCGAUCCGUCGAGAGGGCGAAAGAUGCUUCCACGCGAGGUCAGACCAGUUGUGAACCGGUGCCAGAGACGGGCAUGGACACUAAGACUCCAACGAUCCCGUUGAAGAACCAGGAGAAGCCCAGACCGAAGCAGCAGGAAAGUGCUGGUGAAAACGUGUCCUUGCCCCCGCUGACACCGUACCACAGGAAUCACCGUCAGCGGCAGAAAAUCCCCGUUAACCAGUGGUCGCGUGAUGUACCGAGCGCUAUACGAUAUCAGGAUCAUCAGAAAAAAAGGCCUUACAGAGUGCUACAAAUCGGCGCGACGCCUUUGAUGCACGCUUGUCAGCAGGGCGACAGGGCCAGAGUGUUGAGAUUAUUGAAGGAACAGGAGGAAACGAUCGGUUAUAGAGAUAGAACUCUAAGGAGCGCGUUGCACUAUUGCAUGGACGCUGGAACCGGAGGUGCCGUUGCCGCGGCGGCACCGGAACUGGUAAAUGCACCGGACGCGGAAGGGCACACGCCGCUUCAUUUGGCUGUCAUCGCCGGUGAUACGCAAUUAGUGGCCGUGUUAUUGGCAAACGGUGCCGAUGUCAACGCCAAGGACCUAGAGGGGCACAGCGUUCUCCAUUGGGCUACUGUCUGCGGAGAGGCGGAGUGCGUUCGGCUGGUGUUAGCAGCGGGUGCGCGUCCAUCGACUCCUGAUCUCCGCGGGGGAUCUCCUCUACAUUACGCCGCGCAAUGUUGCGGUGCCGCCGCAACUGCGGAGCUCGCUGUUCCCAAGAAGGUUGGCAUGAAAGUUCUCCAGACCCUCCUGGAGUUUGGGGCCGAUGUGAACGCGAAAGACGAAGACGGGAGGCAACCGAUUUUAUGGGCGGCGAGUGCCGGCAGCGUGGAAGCUGUGCUAGCGUUAGCUAGAGCCGGUGGUUCAGCCGCCGCAGGAGCCGCGGACAAGGACGGCUUGACGGCGCUUCACUGCGCCGCUUCCAGGGGACACGCUAGGUGCGUGGAGGCAUUAGUAAACCUCUGCGGUGCUCACCCCGAUCACGUCGACGAUAAUGGAUGUUCAGCUUUACAUUACGCUGCCACUCUUGGCCACGCUGAUGCAACGGCUUUGAUUCUAAAAUUAGGGGCUGAUCCUAAUCGGCAGGAUCGAAAGGGUAGAACACCUGCACUCUGUGCGGCUGCCAAGGGUCAACUGGAGACCCUGAAGAUUCUUGCCCAGCACGGCGGCUCUCUUUACGCGAGGACUGUGCGAGGUACUGGCGUCGCUCACGAAGCCGUCGCUUCCGGCAGAAUCGAGCUGAUCAAAUGGCUCGCGAAAAAGCGUCCGAGCACUUUAGACGUGGCCACGCACGAUGGCAAAACGCCGUUGCACGUAGCCGCUCUUCAUGGACACUUGGAUAUGUGCAAGGUCCUUCUGGAUAAUGGCGCAAGGAUCAACGCCGUGUUAAGGACUAGUAAAGGGAACCUGAUGACUGCUCUGGACGCGGCGUUGUACAGGGGGUACAGGGACUGUGCGAAAUUGAUACAAAUGCACGGUGGUACCACGGCGCAACAGCUUAAGAUGCAGAGAACUGUACCAAAUAAAGGUCAGGUCAGGUAUUUACAAUGUCUUUUAAUCUUUGGUAAAAGAAAUAAAAAUGAGCAAAAUUUGAUGAAGUGUAUUUAUUGGUAUUUUAUAAUGGACGUGAAAUAUUUCGUUACAAUUAUAUNCGAUGAAGACGAUACUGAUGGUAAGUUAAAAAGAAAGAGGAGCAAGAAAGGCUCGACAAAAUCUAGACGCGAGUCGAGCGAAUCUUCGAUAGAAUCGGACAGCUACGAUUACGCUGAGGACACUUCAAGACAGAAGUUCGAUUCGCGCGUGGAAGAAAGUAAAACGGAAAGAAGCAACGAAAUGGAAGCUAGGGAAUACUUGAGAAAGGACGACAGCGAGGAAAGUGUGAGCGAUGACAGUUUGGAAGUGGUGGUAGUGCGGAAGUCUUUAGAAAAGAAAUGCGAGAAAGUGGUUUCCGGGAAGAGAUCAAAAACACCCAAGGAGAGUUCGAAAGAGUUGAAGUUCACUAAAACUCAUAGGAGUACUAAAAGGAAAUCGAAGUCUAAAAAAGGGCUGGAAAACGGUGACAGUACGAGCGAUAGAAUGCAGUCCUUUGACAAGGAACAAGAACAGAGGGAUUCUACGUUUCACAGCGAGGAGACUCCGAGGACUUCGGUAGACGAGGACAAAGGGAGCCAUGAGAAAAUUAUUGAAAGUCGAUAUCGGAGAGACGUAACUGAUAGCACUAGCCAAGAGACAGUAGAACGGGUCGUUGUGACAGCCAUGGUUCACAAGGAUCAAGGCCCGGACACGCCGAAGUCUAUUGUAGAAAAGGAAGUCACUUUCGAUGAUCGAUUAAGGACUGAAGUGAUCGAGAUGGAAGAAGGGUCGAGGGACGGUAGCUCGGAAGCUAGUAAGGACAUUGUAGAACAGAGUGACGAACUGAGCAGCAAUCUUGUUCAAAAGGCGGUUAGUUUAAAGAAGGACGUAGAAGAAAUGAGGCAACAAAUGACACAUGAAAAGACGCAAGUAGGAGACUCUAAAGAGGAUGUAAAGGAAGAACCGGGUGAAGAAAAAGUGAAGAAAGAUUUAGAUGAAAAGGAAGUGCCUCUUGAAAAAAAGGAUGAAAGUGAAAAAGGCAGUUUAGACGCACACGAGACGAGUGACAAGGGAAGUCCCACGUCUCAGAAGGAGUACCAACGACGUAAGAGUCAGCAGGACGAACUCGCUUCCAAAUCCGAAGGAACGUCAUCCGAGACGAAACACGACGUAUCUGAACACACUAUCAAGGAGGAUUACGAAGAAUCGGAAAAGGCUAGUAAAUCCGAGAGUUCAAUUAGUCAAAAGGAUGCGCAAAGAGAAGAUGCCACGCCAAGAACAGUCGUAGAAGACGUUCUCCCAUCGGAGGAUGACGAGAAAAAAUCGUCUUCGGAGGAAGCCAAAAGUGCAUCAAAAAGUAAACCCGGAACAGCAAGGAGAAGAUCGUCGUUCGACGAAAGAAGAUCGAAAUCUUCGUCUUCGAAGCAAUCUGACGAGAGCCCCAAAAAAAGCCACAGAAGGAAGGAACUGAAGAAACGCGAAUCUUGUACGAAAAAGAUUUCUGUGAAAACGAGCAAGGGAGUCGAAGACAAGACGUCGGAUACCCGGGAAGCUGAUGGAAGUGUCACUAAAGAAUCGUCGCAAAGCUCGGGCAAAAAGUCGACGGAUGAAAAGGGGCAAACAAGUGCUCUCCGUAGAAAAUCGGUCGACUUUUCAUCCUCGAAAGACUCCGCGUUAAUGGAAGAAGCCGAAGAACGAUCGUUAAGCGUCGAAACAGCGAGUACGACAAAAAGAAAAAUGUCUGUCCACGAGGAAGCCGUUCAAGGCUUGCCUCCAUCAAAGACUACGUUGGAAGAUCAAAAGGAGGAGAAAAAAGUAAAGAAACGUGCAGCAGAUGAGGUAGCAACGACAGAAGAGGAGAGCUUCCGGUACAUCGACGAAAGUUCUUCUAGUUCACCGAAAUCGGCGCAAGUCAGACGCUCGAGACCGUCGACGGGGAAAGUUAGGAAAACUGGACGGUCUCGAUCGUCGGUGGAGAAGAAAUGUUUGUUCGAAAGUUCAGAAGAACGCUCUCCAGACAGGAGUGCAAUUGUGGCGGUGAUCGAGAGCCCGGAAUGGGACGACGAGGACGAGGAGAUCGACAAAGAGAUAAGAGACGCGAUCGGCGAAGACGGAGAACACGAGACCGAACCUGAGGAGGAUAAUGAGAUGGGCGUCGUGAGAGUAUUACCGAGCACUAGCGAGGAAGAAAUGUCUCGAGUGGGUCCGGAUGUCUGCAAAACUUCAGCGACCGACUCGUUACCCCAGGUGCAAUCUAGUUCUCGCAUUCGCUUAACGCGAGUUCAAAGCCCGCAAGAGAGUAGAACUAGUCGAUUGCAAGGCAAACAACGUCGGGACAGCGGCGGCAGAGACAGUGGCAUAGAGCCUAGCCCCAGGGUGUCAAGAAUACCAAGAAGGAGAAUUAUGAAAUGUUGCCCGAACACAGACAAACAGCAGUCACUCAACAUGGACACCAUAACGAGGGACGUGCAAAUUAGUCUGCGACGAUAUCACCUGGAGAGGAAAAUAUUUUUCCAACUGAUGGAAUUAAAGAGGUUGCAGAUACGUCAUGGCAGAGCGAAUGAACAAGUUUUAGUGAAAAGACAAGUAAUAGCUUAG